AUGGAGCGCGGCCCGCGGCCGGCGCGGCCCAUUCUGUCGCGGGAGCCGUCGCGCCGGCAGCAGCGCAGCCGCAAGGUGCCCGAGCCGCUGCGGCGCGCGAUCGCGGAGUGCACGCAGCCGCAUGCGGCGCCGCUGGAAACGGCGGCUUGCCACCCCGUCCGCACGCUAGAGGACUACCUGGGCGAUGCGGCAACGGUGGACAUGGCGUACAAUGCACUGCUGGACCAUGCCAUGGUCGAGAAGGGGCGCAGUCCCCAUGUGAUCAUGAAGGUCGUGGCUCUGCUCAAGAAGUAUCUCUUCCGGUACCACUCUCCUCUCCUCACCCACCCUUCCUCAUCGUCUCGCCUUCUCCUAUUCUCGCCUUCUCGUUAUCAUCAUCUCAUACUCUCCUUUUCCUCGCUCGCGUGCACGCGGGCAACAGCUACAUGCUCUUUUCGUCCGCGCAUCUGUGUGUCUUCCCCUACCCUGCUUCCUCCCUCCUUUCUCCCCAACCUUACAAACCCCAGCCUCCGUUUCUCCCAUCUUUACUUCCUGCUAACCACCCUUCCCCACCCGCCACUCCCCCAUAUGCCCCUCGCUGCCACACCCCCCUCAUGCCCUCCCUUGCCCGACCUCAUGCCCCCUCCCUCCACUCUGCAACUACGGCCCGGCGAUUUCAAGAGUGGAGCACAUAGACGCCUCCCAUGCGGUCAUCAUAGCAGAUUUUCGAAUCGAAUCAAAAGAACAGCAUACCCCCUCCCCCCUCCUCCCUCCCCCCUCCUACCUCCCCUUUCCUCCCUCCCCCUUUCCCCCUCCUCCCUCCCCCCUCCUCCCUCCCCCUUCCCCCCUCUUCCCUCCCCCGCCCUGCAGCUACGGCCCGGCAAUAUCCACAUUGGAGCACAUAGACGGCUUCUGUGCGGACGUGAUAGCGGAGCUUAA